UUAACGCGUUCACGCGUAUACUAAAGGAAUCACCCCUAUAUAUUCAUCUUCCCAUUUCGUCUAAAACCAGGUGCAGGAAAAUUUCACAUCUCCCUUUUUAUUUUCCACAACCUGCAUCUGUCUUCUUCCCUUCCUCCUCUCCUCACCAAUCACAAUAACAACAAAAACGUUUUCUCCCCGAAAAUCAAAAAUCAAGAACAUAAAAGAAGUCAAUUUUUGAAUUGUUCAAAUCUGGGAAAGAAAAUGCCGUCAUCGUCAUUAGAAGACGAGCUAUUCCCUUCAACACCAGGAAAAUUCAAGAUCGAACGUAAUCACGGCAUGAUGAACCGACAGGUGUACCGUUGCUUCGCUUCAACAAGCACCAUGUUCUUGUGGGCUCUCUUUUUAAUUGCCUUAACCGCUUCCUAUCUAAGUUUCCAAAGCUUCGUUGAUUCCGGUAGCCGGUAUCUGUCUGCUUCAUGGGGUGGAAUCCAGUGGGAGAAACAAGUUCGUACAUCCGCUCAAAUCCAUCGACAGGGUGGCAUGUCCGUUCUUGUUACUGGUUCAGCAUGUUUCGUUGGGUCCCACGUUUCUCUCGCUUUAAAAAGAAGAGGAGACGGCGUCGUUGGACUUGAUAACUUCAACGAUUAUUACGAUCCUUCACUUAAGAAAGCGCGUAAAACUCUUUUAUCAAGCCACGGCGUUUUCAUUGUUGAAGGUGAUAUAAACGACGCUAAGUUAUUAGCCAAGCUGUUUGACGUUGUGGCUUUUACACACGUUAUGCAUUUAGCGGCUCAAGCCGGUGUUAGAUACGCUAUGGAGAAUCCUCACUCUUAUGUUCAUAGCAAUAUAGCCGGUCUUGUCACGCUUCUCGAGGCUUGUAAAAUGGCUAACCCUCAACCUUCUAUUGUUUGGGCUUCUUCAAGCUCCGUUUACGGUUUAAACGAGAAAGUUCCGUUUUCUGAAUCGGAUCAAACCGAUCAACCGGCGAGUCUCUACGCCGCCACGAAAAAGGCCGGCGAGGAAAUUACGCACACUUAUAAUCAUAUUUAUGGACUUUCCAUCACUGGAUUGAGAUUUUUCACCGUUUAUGGACCUUGGGGAAGACCUGACAUGGCUUAUUUCUCGUUCACGCGGAAUAUUCUUCAGGGAAAACCGAUAACCGUUUAUCGAGGGAAGAAUCAUGUAGAUCUGGCUCGUGAUUUUACUUACAUUGAUGAUAUUGUGAAAGGAUGCGUUGGAUCGUUGGAUACAUCAGGGAAGAGUACUGGAUCUGGUGGGAAGAAACGGGGAUCUGCUCCGUAUCGGAUCUUUAACCUUGGAAAUACUUCGCCGGUGACGGUUCCGACGUUGGUGAGCAUAUUGGAGCGACAUUUGAAGGUGAAGGCGAAGAGGAAUAUAGUGGAUAUGCCUGGAAACGGCGACGUUCCGUUUACACAUGCGAAUAUAAGUUUGGCCCGAAGAGAGCUCGGGUAUAAACCGACAACCGAUUUGCAAACCGGGUUAAAGAAAUUCGUGAAAUGGUACCUUUCGUAUUACGGAUAUGGCAAACCUGUAAAUUAAUUGGGUUUUUUUUUUAGUCUGUUAGAAUUUUUUUUAAUUACAGCUAUGGAGGUAAAAAUACUAAACGGGAAAAAGAAAAGAAAGAAACCCGGUCAAGAAAGAGAGAAAAAGGGAGAAAGGAAAGAAAAAAAAGUGAAAGAAUACAUUCUUUACUUGAGAAGAGGUAACAGCUAAAUCAUACAGCUGUACCCUGCCUGAUUUCUUUUCUUUUUUGUUUAUGUUAUUUUACAUUUUUUUUUUCUUUUCUGUAAAGAAAGUUAAUGACUUCAACCUCGUUGUGUUGUCUCCUCUAAUGAUAAUUUAUUUUUUUAUUUUCGGUAUUUA